CUUUGCUUUUAAAAAUUCGUCGUAAUGUCGAGAUUUUCUCUUUGUGCUCCUCCUCUUUGUAAAAUGGCGCCUGACUGCAAUCCAGCCCCCUUCUCAGCCAGCGUCUCAUGAGAAGCUAUAAAUCUGUUAUUGUUUAUGAAAAUUUACUACUUUGCCAUACAACUUUACGAGCUGCCGCUGGUUCUCAUUGGUUACAAGUCAGUCACGUGUUUUAAGACCACAUAAACGUUAACUUUUUAUGCGUGUGCACCCCAACCCAAAAUAGAGCUGCAUUCUUCGUCUGACCUUGCUUAGUCUAGCUCUUUUACCUCCGCUAUUCUACAUAAUAUCGUUGGCUGUUCAUUUCUUUUUUUCAUUUCAAUUUUGAGGUUGGCUGAUAUUCUAAAAGCUAUUCGCUAUCAUCGAAGUGGACAUUAGCUAACAGUUAAAAAUAUAGGCUAUAGGUUUAGUGUUGGAACGCUGUGGCACGAUCGAGAGGCUCUCCGAAAAGCUGUGAUUGUGAAGCAUUUGACGUCAAUAACAUAUGUUUCUUGCAUUCUAGGACCAACAGACAAGCAUAAGACCGUAGAGGUGUUUCUUGACUGCACCAGCAACUGCUUCUAACAAGCCAGAUUGCUAUGGACUGGAAACGCACCGACCGGAUUUACUCGGGCGACCGAGGGCCAGCUCUUGUGACCGCCAGCUACUCUGGAGGAGUGCCCAAGAGGUCUCGCACCGCCUACACGCGCCAGCAGGCUCUUGAGCUUGAAAAAGAGUUCCAUUUUAACCGAUACCUGACUCGACGUCGACGUGUGGAGAUAGCGCACACUAUGUGUCUUUCUGAGCGUCAGGUGAAAAUCUGGUUUCAGAACCGCCGCAUGAAGUGGAAGAAAGACCACAAGCUGCCCAAUACAAAGAUCCGCUCCUCGAGCUCUGCACCCUCCAACCAUCACGUGAAAACGGACGCCACUCAGCAGCAGCAAACGCUGCUUCCUACGCCGUGUUCCUCUAACCUAUAGUGCUAGAAGCAAAUCGGCACAAACGGAACUGAACAAGAAAGAAGAACACUUAGCAGUAUUUGGAUCGGAACUUCACAGGGUUACUUUUUAUUAAAUGCCCAAAGUGGCAACCUAACUUCGCAUUCACAACCUCUUCCUCCAUUGUAGUUUGGAAAUCCCAUUCUUCCUGUAAAAUAGAAUUGCCUCCCUUAAAGGAACAAUAGUAGAAUGUACUUUAACUUGGACAAUGGCUCGUUUUGUUUUCUGUCGUUAACCGAGUCACUUAGUCUUGUUUGUGGGAAUCAACGCUAUAGUGACGCGUGUACAAACCGAAGUUUUAACAUGAAGGCACAAUAAUAUAGGAAUAAUCUUCCUGAAGUAGUUAUCUCAUUUGUCUUAGAACCGCAUUUUAGAGUGUUAUUAAGUGUAUUUACGUCAUCAAAGCUGUGAAUAUUCGUGUAUUUGGUCAUUUGUAUAUUGGUAAAAGAUGUCAAGUUUUAGUAAGCCUGUGUGCAAGUAAUUGUAGGCUAAUCGUGAAAAAUAAAUAUGACUUUAUUGUGAAUUAUA